CACACAUGAAGGUAAAUCAGGAGGAGCUGAACCUGAACCACUUGCAGAACCAGAACCGCUCUGCUCCGAGUCCACUGACGUGUCCAGGACUUAAAUAUGUGUGAAUAUUAUGAAGCAGGUUUGAAUUCUGUUCACGACUUGAUGUGUCGCACCUCAAAGGAAACUGAGACCUUGGUUUGUUUUGUUAUCAGAAUCUCAAAUCCUCACCUCGGUCUUCAUUUGAUUUCCUGUUGUGUAGUGAGCUUUACAACAACUGAAGCUUUGUGGGGUUUUGUUAUUGUGUUGUUUGUUUCAGGACUCACACGACUUCGAUCUUCACAAGCUGAGGACAGAACUCAGUGAGUGAAACAUCAGCAACCUCCAGAACCUGCAUCAUCUGUGACAUGAGAUCUUUGUCUUCAGGCAGUUCAACAGAUUACACAACUGUUUGUUCUUCUACACAAGAGAAGCAACAACAGUUUGUAGUCAGAAGAGAAGCAGGACACGAAACUCUUCAGUCCCUAAAUCACAAUGUGAAACCAAAACCAACCAGAUCCACAGAAACUGAAGAGAAACACGUGAAGCUUCAGACUCGGAUCAGAACUCGAGUCUUGAUUCACAGAUUCACAGACGAUGCAGAUUGAAAUGCAGACGUUUGAAUAUUGAUGAGACGCUCUGUGUUCACCUCUCGCUGUCUGCUCCUCUCAGACCUCAGGUUCUACCAGCAGGUCAAACUGGUGAACUUCAUCCGGAGGCAGAUCCACCAGAGCCGCUGCUACGGCUGCGAGGGGAAGUUCCUCUCCAGAGCCGACGUGCUGCGCCACAUCGCGGCUGCAGGUCACGUGAUGAAGCUGCCAGACGUGUCCACCUGGGACCAGCCGCAGUAUUACUUCCCCACGUAUGAGAACGACGCCCUCUUGUGUUCGUUAUCUGACAGUGACGAGGCUGAAAGUGAGGAGACGAGUCACGGCGAGGACGUCCCGGUGAUCGCAGAGGACGUGUCCAACCUCAGAGCCCUGAGACAGACCAGCGUCCUCAACCAGCUGCUGAAGAAGAGAAGCUAGGACGAGGGACAGACAGCGGAGUGAAGACGUCUUCCUCUUUUCUUCUGGACUCUUCUUCACUCGCACUUUGUGAAAAGACAAACUGACCCGACGCAGCCGGAACGUGAACUUCAACACUUUACUUCACACAAAUGUUCAUUCAGUCAAUAAAGAGGAUGAUCGUCAUCAGAAGAACUUUAUUACUUUCAGUACAAAUAAUACUGGGACCAGUGGAACCAGUAAGUUUGUCUGUUUACAAACGAGAAUUCAGAACCAAACUAAAAGAGAUGAAUAUGAUUCUGUGUAAUAAACCAUGAGGUUGAAACCUGGUCCAGGGUCAGUUUGUCUUCUACUGGUUCUUCACUGGUGAGAUGUUCUGCUUCACUUUCCCGAGAGCAACCUG